GCGCCGGGAGCUGGACCGAGCGGCCGGUGCGGGGCCGCUGCUGCGGGGCUCAGCCGCCUGCGCUGCCUGCCAGGGGCGGGCAGAAACCUGGAGGCCCGGGGGGCCCAGCUCCCGUGGGGAGCCGUGGGCGCCCGCUGCCCGGGCCGGGCCGACUCAGACCUGCUUUCCACGCACAGGCCCUCCACCCCGUGCUCCUCCGGUGGCCCAUGAGCCGCGUCCUCUGCCCCCGGUGCGCGACGGGCCCCCAACGCAAUGUGUGUUUGUCAAACCAUGGAAGUGGGGCAGUGCGGCAAGAGCGCGAGUCUGGCCGGAGACCGCGGGGUCCUCCUGGAGCCCUUCAUCCACCAGGUGGGCGGCCACAGCAGCAUGAUGCGCUACGACGACCACACGGUGUGCAAGCCCCUCAUCUCCCGGGAGCAGCGCUUCUACGAGUCCCUCCCGCCCGAAAUGAAGGAGUUCACCCCCGAGUACAAAGGGGUGGUGUCUGUCUGUUUUGAGGGGGACAGUGAUGGUUACAUCAACUUAGUGGCCUACCCUUACGUGGAAAGCGAGACGGUGGAGGACGACACGCCAGAGCGGGAGCAGCCGCGGCGCAAGCACUCCCGCCGGAGCCUGCACCGGUCGGGCAGCGGCAGCGACCACAAGGAGGAGAAGGCCAGCCUGCCCUUCGAGACCACCGAGAGCUCCCAGGAGGCCAAGAGCCCGAAGGCGGAGCUGCACAGCCACUCGGACGUCCCUUUCCAGAUGCUGGAUGGCAACAGCGGCCUGAGCUCCGAAAAGAUCAGCCACAACCCCUGGAGCCUGCGCUGCCACAAGCAGCAGCUGAGCCGCAUGCGCUCCGAGUCCAAGGACCGGAAGCUCUACAAGUUCCUCCUGCUGGAGAACGUGGUGCACCACUUCAAGUGCCCGUGCGUGCUGGACCUGAAGAUGGGCACCCGGCAGCACGGCGACGACGCGUCCGCCGAGAAGGCUGCCCGGCAGAUGCGCAAGUGCGAGCAGAGCACGUCGGCCACGCUGGGCGUCAGGGUCUGUGGCAUGCAGGUGAGAGCCAGGUGCUGCCGCCAGCCUGUUAGGGAGCCCAUGUCCGCCGCUCCCCAGGCCAAGUGUUCUCCUUGUCCACGUUGGUCCAGAACCUCCUCCAAGAGGGUGUACCAGCUGGACACGGGGCAUUACCUCUGCAGGAACAAGUACUAUGGCCGGGGGCUCUCCAUCGAAGGCUUCCGCAAUGCCCUCUACCAGUACCUGCACAACGGCUUGGACCUGCGGCGUGACCUUUUUGAGCCCAUCCUGAGCAAACUGCGGGGCCUGAAAGCGGUGCUGGAGCGGCAGGCCUCCUACCGCUUCUACUCCAGCUCCCUGCUCGUCAUCUACGACGGCAAGGAGUGCUGGCCCGAGUCCUGCCUGGACCGCCGCUCCGAGAUGCGUCUCAAGCACCUGGACACGGGGCUGCCCGAGGUGGCGCCACCCUGCGGCCCGAGCACCAGCCCGGGCAGCUCCAGCAGCACCAGCCUCGAGAGCGUGUCCUCUCCCAAGGUGGACGUCCGCAUGAUCGACUUUGCACACAGCACGUUCAAGGGCUUCCGGGAUGACCCCACCGUGCACGACGGGCCGGACCGAGGCUAUGUGUUCGGCCUGGAGAACCUCAUCAGCAUCAUGGAGCAGAUGCGGGACGAGAACCAGUAGGCCCAGCUCGGGGCCCAGAACCCCUCCCUCUCCACCCGCAGGCAGGGACCACUGAUCCGAACUCGCCGUGAGGACACACAGACUUGCUUUUAAAGGGUUAUAUUUCUCUUGGGUAUAAACUAAAAGAAAUGUUUUAGCUGUAGCCUGGCAUCCAUAUAUAUAAAGAGGAGAGCAGAACACACACCCUCAGCCAGGCUCCUCAGCUCUGCAGCUCCGACUGCUGUGUCCAGGCUGACUUAGUGGAGGUGCCCCUGGGGGGCUUGCAGCAGGGACGGGGUGCCCGUGGACAUCGGUUUCUCUUGCCUAGGUUUUUGGGGCCUGUGGCUGCAGGGCCCUGCUAAUUGUGGGGUGAAGCCCUGGGCUUAUGCCGGGCCCCUCCAUGCCCAUUCACCCCUUGUUCCUCGGAAGGAGAGGGAUUGGGUGCCCAUUUCUAGGGGCAUGUAUCCUAGCGGUGUGGGUGUCGGCCGCUCUGACGCUCCCAGGGCACUACCAGGCCAGCUGUGCACAGCUGGGCCCAUCCUUCUCAUCUGUUCUUGGCAGGAAGCUAGAUUCAGAACCUGGGCUGAAGCCAGCUUAGGGCAGAGGGCAGGCCCUGGAUUCCCAGGCACUCCGGCACUUGCACCUGCUCCUCUUCCUGUCUGCACACCCCAGCCAGCCUUUCCCACCAAGAUCCCUGCCUAAGGAUUCCCCCGCCCCUUGUCCCACCGACGGGGGGCCCUGUCCUACGAGGCCUCGGGGCCUCCAGCGAGACAGCGUCCACAGGCCUCGUGCUGUGGGCGAGCGUCCUCUUCCUGCCCCGCAGGCAGCUCUGCUACUCUGGGUGGGCUGCUCCGCGCAGGCUCGGGCUGUGGUCCGCUCAGGGCUCACUUCCCCAGCCAAGCUCAAGGCCGCAGCCCAGGUGAGGGAGAGCUGCGAGCUGGCCUGCACAGGGACACGGUCUGCACCCGAUGCGGGGCUCAGACUCUGCUGGGAGAGUUUUGCCUUCUCGGUCCUGGAGCCCGUCCGUCUGUCUGUCCAUCUGCCCGCUCCAGUCUCUCGGGGUCCUUCCCUGGGUAUCGCCUUGUUCAGGAGUGAAGACUAAUUCCCGCCCUGCUUUCCUCAGCAAAGGGUCUCGCUCCCGUUUCCGAGGUGAGCUUCGCCCCUGCGCCCUUCAGCGGGUGUGGCCUCUUUACAAAGAAUGAGCAGAAUGCAUUGUGGGAGGCGUGUCCCUGCUGGCCCAGCACCCUCUCUGUGGCCUGGAGUGUGGUUCCUUCAGCACUCAGUACUGACAGUGGUGCGGGGCAGGCCCGGGGGGAUCCCUUCCUCCCCGCGGUGGCAGUUCUUUCUUGCGGCCGGCCCUUCAUGGCAGAGGCCAGCCACGUCCAACACUGGCCAGAGGCGACGCUGCCGUCACCUAACCAUUGCCAAGGUCAGUGCCCUCACCGCAGAGCCUGGGGCCACGGCCGUUGUCACCUUGGGCACAUCCUGUUGGGGCAUUACAGGUAAGCUCGCUAGCCCGCGUCUGUGAGGCCCCGGUCACUGAUGGUUUCCUGGCCCUCAGAUGCAGCCUCACGCACCUUCAGUGGGCUCCUUGAUGGGUCCCAUCUCUCUCGGCCUCUGACCCUGGUGCCAGUGGUGGGCACGUUCCCAUUCCUUGGGCCUGGGAGGGACAGCUUGCUCGUUUCUGGUCAGUAACGGCCGUCUUUGCUCCUGUACCCUCUGUGGCUUCAGCCAUAGGGCAGUAGCUCUUCAUAGUGUAGCCCGCCCUCUCCUGGCAAGGCAGAGGCUGAGACAGGGCCCCUGGAGUGUGCUGUGCCUCCCGAGUUCGUAUUUGGGGAGCAGAUGUACCCUCUUACAGUGUCUUCCUGGCACUAAAAAAAGCAGGGGCCUGGGAUUGGCUGCUUCUCCCCAGCGGGGUCCCCUCUUUUCAGCACUUUUGACACUUGGAGACCCAGCCUUGUUAGCGGGCAGGUGGUGGGCAUGUGUGUGCGCUCACCCCUUUCCCCUGCUCUGCCAGCGCCCUGCGCCCGCCGGGCCCUGCCUUCCCAGCCCCAACUUGGGACCAAAGUGCAACAUGGGAUCGCAGUUGGAGCACUCGAGUGACCCUUGUCCCUAGCGCUUCCUUAGGCCAAGUGACACUAGCCCCUGGGGGGUGGGAUUGGGUGGUGCUUACAGAGGAAGGGGACCAGUAUAGCAAUUAGCCAGGGACCCCCACCCUCCCUCACAUUGGGGCCUGUGCAGGGGGCGUGGGGACUCCUAAGGGGCCAAAGGCCUAGGCUAGUUCAAUAGCCGCUGCUCACUCGCUCACACCUGGCCACUUGCACGCCCUCUAGAUGCAGAUUGCUUUGCGCUUCAAUGCUCUUCAAUUUGCUUUUCUUCGCGCCCAUUUACAAAAUGGUUUAAUGAGGAGGAGAUGUGGAGAACCCCGGGAGGACCCUUUGCUUCUCCCGGACUGGAAGGCUUUGCCUCUGGGACCCGCUUCCUGCUCCACUUUCCUGUCCACGCCGCCCGAAGCCUGCGCCGCGAUCCUCGUGGCUGGGGCCGCGUCGGGGCGCAGUGCGUGUUUUCGGGACGAUGUGCGGGGGAGGGGUGCUUAGACCUUGGGCCGAGCUGCUCCCGUCUGUCCACCCCGCGCUGCCCCCCGCUUGUGUCUGAGGUUGUGUCCGUCAAAAUAAAGCCGCUGAAACUCUG